UUUUAAGUCCAACCUUUCUAAUAAGCAUACUAGUACUGGCUUCCGGUGGUUCUUAGGAAACAUGGCUGCUAUCGGCGUGCACUUUGGAUACACAUGUGCCUGUGUUGCUAUAUUUAAGGAUGGGCGAGCAGAUGUUGUGGCCAAUGAUGCAGGGGACAGAGUCACACCAGCUGUGGUGGCAUACAGAGAGACUGAACAGAUAGUUGGAAUUGCUGCCAAGCAGGGAAGAAUACGAAAUGCCACCAAUACUGUUGUCAAAGUGAAGCAGAUCCUGGGCAGAUGCUGUGAUGACCCAGAUGCUCAAGCACACAGAGAAGAAAGCAAGUGCAUUGUUGUCAACAAAGGUGACCUACCUAGGUAUGAAAUCGACACAGGGGAGACAACAAAAUAUGUGUCACCUGAUGAUGUAGCUAAAUUAAUCUUUCAUAAAAUGAAAGAGACGGCACAGUCAGCAUUGGGUUCAGAUGUGAAAGAUGCAGUCAUUACAGUGCCUUUUGAGUUUGGAGAAAUGCAGAAGAAUGCACUUAGGCAAGCUGCCGAAAGUUCCGGGUUUAAUGUUCUCCGGCUGAUUCACGAACCAUCUGCUGCCCUUUUGGCUUAUGGUAUUGGACAGGACUCGCCGCUGGGGAAAAGUCAUGUCCUUGUGUACAAACUUGGAGGCACAUCGCUGAGCGUCACCAUCCUUGAGGUGAACAGUGGAAUGUACAGAGUCCUUGCAACGCAGACAGAUCACAGGACGGGAGGAGAGAGCUUCACACAUGAGCUCGCAAAGCAUCUUGCCGCAGAGUUCAAAAAGACAUAUAAGCAGGAUGUGACUGGUAACCCUAGGGCGAUGCUAAAGCUUAUGAAUAGUGCCGAUGUGGCCAAGCACACGCUGUCUACCCUGGGCAGCGCUAAUUGCUUUGUGGACUCUCUUUAUGAUGGCAUGGACUUUGACUGCAAUGUGUCGAGAGCCCGUUUUGAGCUGAUAUGCUCCAGCCUCUUCAGUAAAAGCAUUCAGCCAAUCAAAAGUCUCCUUGAGCAAGUAAACCUGUCCACCUCAGACAUCAACAAGGUCGUCCUAUGUGGAGGCUCAGCUCGAAUUCCCAAGUUGCAACAGAUGAUUAGAGAUCUGUUCCCAGACGUGGAGCUGCUGAACUCCAUCCCCCCAGAUGAGGUCAUUCCAAUAGGUGCUGCCAUGCAGGCUGGCAUCCUGGUGGGAAAAGAGAGCCUGGCACUCGGAGAAGAUUCCAUCACUGUAGACUGCUGCGCCAGUGACAUCACUGUCAAGGAGGUAGAUGAUUCAGGCGAGGAGGUUUUUACGGUUUUGUUCCCUUCCGGCACACCUCUCCCUGCCCGCCGCCAACACACACUACAGGGUCCUGGCAGCCUGUCGUCAGUCAGCCUGGAGCUGUAUCAGGCACAGCGACUAAUAGCACAGAUUGUACUUGGAGACCUGGAACCUAAAGAUGAGAUGCACGACAUUGUCUCAGUUCUAACAAUGAAGAGAGAUGGUUCACUGCAUGUGACGUGCACAGAGCAGGGCAGUGGCAGAUCUGAAGCCGUUACCAUAGAAACGGCAGCGGCAGCAUCAUAAUCUUGAAUCGCAUUGCAAUGUUCAUUCUGUACUGUAACUUGAACACCUGCAUGUGAUGUGUGAGGUUUUCCUGUUUGUAUGUGCUCUAGAUCUGUCAGCAAACAGAUCCUCUCAUUUGUAGUGUGGAAAUUCUUGCUUCUUAUAGGACCAGAUCAUAAUGUCGUUAUUUACUCAUCCUCAUGUUGUUUCAAAAACCUUUGGUGUGACAAAUUCGUACUAAAGUAAAAUCUUGUUCCAUAUGUUUGUUAUAUUGAAGCUUUGUGUAGGGAACAGUGAAAAUGCAAGUAAUUCACUGAUAAUCUUCAUCUCCUUAACAGUACAUGAGUAAAUAUAGAAUUUUGUUUGGCUUUUUUAAUGUCCCGUGUAUGUUUAUUUACUCCCUUUUUUGCUUCUGGAGGUAUGUCAGUACCAUGUGUUAUUACAUUACCUGCAUCACACCAUUAUAAUGAAUAAAUAGUACUGAUGUAUGUGACAACAAACUGGAAAAAGCCAGAUAAAUUAGUUGUUUAACUAGUACAUGAUUUCAUUCCAGUAAAUAGAUCAACCAUCUUUAUCAGGUUUUCCAGAAAAUGGAAGGGUAGAGCAGGUGGUAUUGAGAUGUAUUUGCAUGUCUUACUGAUAAUAUCAUCUCACGUGUGCUGUAGGUUUUACUAGUGCAGCCGUGCACAGGUGCAAUGUAACACUUUUGUUCUCCAUUAUGUCAUGUGAAACAACGAGACAAAGUUUUGUGUUCACAUUCACAACUUUUUGAAGUUCUAUUAAAGGGGACAUUUUACAAGACUUUCAAAGUGCCCCAAUUUUUUCCCAUGCUUGCAGAGAAUGGAUUA